GAUUGAGUGACUGUACUGUCUGUAGUACAACAAACAAACGUUUUAAUUUUUAUUUUUUAAAAAGAGGUAGUUGGCAGUACAACACAACAACGUUGUACUAUCUCACACGCAGAGAUGUUAAUUUGUUUUUGGUACCUAAGUUUCCGAGAUUCUCACGCUUCUCGUCUCGUCUCUUUUUCUUAGUUAGAACAUGCAAGACAGCUCAACGUAAUUGCAUAAUUCAAUUACAAUUCACCGAGGGAAGAACACAAUUCUUGCCAAUUACACUCAAGAGUUCAUUGUUCUUCUUUUGAAAAUUCUGCUUUUUUCCACCUCCAGCUGGAAAUUCAGAGCUGAAGAUUUGUCGAAUCCAAUGAAUAAUAUAAACAAUGAAGAACUCAAAGAAGCAGAGAAUUCCAACAGAGAGGACCUUGAAGAGGCUUCCAUUGAGCCUGAGGAUGUGGCUAAGAUAGUUCCAUGGACGAGGCAAAUCACAAUCCGCGGACUAGUAGCUAGUAUAUUGAUUGGAAUCAUUUAUAGUGUGAUAGCAAUGAAGCUGAACCUGACAACUGGAUUAGUCCCCAAUCUUAAUGUUUCAGCUGCACUACUUGGCUUUGUGUUCAUUAGGACUUGGACUAAGCUCCUUUCCAAAGCCAAUAUUGUUUCAACACCUUUCACUAGGCAGGAGAAUACCGUAAUCCAGACAUGUUCAGUGGCGUGCUACACACUUGCAGUUGGAGGUGGUUUUAGUUCCAAUCUCUUGGCCUUGAAUCGGAAGACAUACGAGCUAGCAGGGGUUGAUACAUAUGGAAAUAGUCCUACUAGCAUCAAGGAU